AGUGUACACGACAAAUCUACUGAGUUCGUAUUUCAAACUUUAACAACUAGGCACAGACAGCGGCCUUUUUUCAUCAUGUGGGGUCGCAUUUAAUGUGUCCACUUCGGCAUGUAGCGCAUGUCCUUCUGUAGAAACAGAUACACCACAACAGACUGCAGACUGUCUUCUAAUGAAAGCCCAGUCUAUAUGAAUGCAUUUCUAUGUGCGCCGACUCGAACCUUUCAGCGGGGUCAAACAGACAUCGAGACGUUUUCAGGAAGCAGAGAGGAACAGUGAGUUGACGCUGGUUGUUGUUGUGGUCGCUUGCCAGUCUGACGGUCUUGUUAACGGGACAGCCGAGUGUUUUCUCAGUAAAGGCUGAAGUGUCGUCACCGGCGGAUGAAUGGCUAUGACGGCAGCGAGAGCGGUGGCAGCGGGGGGCCCGGCUUCUUUGUCCCGGUUCAGGGGUUCGCUGGUCGCGGCUGUGCUGGGAGACUGCGUCGGCGGAGAGUUUGAAGGAGCGGAGGAGGUUCCCAUGGAGAGUGUGCUGCAGCAUCUGAACAGCCUGGACGACGAGACCAAAGGAAAUGGUAUCCUUGAGUACAGUGAUGAUACAGCAAUGGCACGUUGUGUGGUCCACUCUCUACUCACCCGUGUUGGCUUUGAUGAGCAGGACAUGGCUCGCAGGUUUGCUAAAGAGUACAGUGCAUCUCCUGGUCGUGGUUAUGGUUCUGGAGUGAUCCAGGUGUUGAAGAAGCUGUCCUCCCCUCAGCUCAGUGAUGUGUACCAGCCAGCCAGGGACCAGUUUAACGGUCGAGGCUCCUUUGGGAACGGGGGAGCCAUGAGGGCGGCCCCCUUCGCAUUGGCUUUCCCUGAUCUGGCUGAUGUUAAAAGGUUUGCUUGUCAGGGUGCCAUGCUGACCCACUCCUGCUCUCUGGGUUAUAACGGGGCAGUGCUGCAAGCGAUAGCUGUGCACCUCUCCCUUCAAGGGGCGCUAGACCUGCCUCAGCAGUUCAUUGGCAAGCUAAUCACAGAGAUGGAGGAAGUGGAGGACAACGAGGCGGCGCGCAAUGAUGCCAGAAUCCUAAAAGAAGCAGAGAAGCCAUUCUGUGAGCGCCUUCACAGAGUUAGAGAUCUGAUGGACAGAAGCAAGGUCAGCAUAGAGGAGGUCAUUUCUGAACUGGGUAACGGCAUUGCGGCACUCCACUCAGUCCCCACUGCCAUCUUCUGCGUCCUCCACUGCCUGCAGCCCCGGGAUUGCCUCCCAGAGAAGUACGGCGGCCUGGAGAGAACAAUAGCAUACAGCCUGGCCCUUGGAGGGGACACGGACACCAUAGCCUGCAUGGCUGGGGCUAUCGCUGGGGCCCACUAUGGCAUCGAGACUAUUCCCCAGUCGUGGAUAAAGUGCUGCGAGGGGGCAGAGGAUGCAGACAUAAACGCAAAGCGACUUCACAUGCUGUACCACCAGUCAUCACAAGGAGGCGGGAGUGGGACAGGGGAGCAGAGCUGCAAAGACCCAUCUGAAAGUCCGUCAAACACUUCUAACGGCACAGAAAAGAAAACUGGAUCUCAGUGAUUUUUCAACUGGAGUUUGGCAAAAGGACUCUUGAAAACACACACACACACACACAAAUUAUACAAAAAAGGCCUUUUUGUUUUUGGACUGUGUUGGUUAACUGAGAACAUGUGAUUAAGGAGAAGGUGUGUCCACGUUGCAACAUUAUUUUACUUGUCAAAACAGCACAUUUCCUUUCCUCUUCCUCAUUGGAUCAGCAGGUAUGGAGACACCCAAGCUAGCACAAAAAAAGAGGCAAAAUUACUUAGCAAUUUGUUAGGUAAGGGAAUAGUGA